ACCAGAACUAGCUGUAUUGGGCAGACAGAAAAAAAAACCCCUGGCUGCUUGAUAGCAACCGAGCCUUGAAACGUCGGGCUAGCAAGAAGAUAUAGGAUUAAAAACUGGAACGCCACCACGGAUUUUUUGUGGGACAAACGCACAGGCCUCGCUGCUAAAACGAUGCCUCACAAUAGACGGUACUCGUCUUCAGACAGAGACAGUCGAAGCAGCUACCAAGACCGCUACAGAGACAGAGACAGAGGGCGAAGACAUCGGCACAGAAGAUCGCCUACUUACUCCUCCAGCAGCGACAGAGAGAGAGACCGAGACAGAAGGGGACGGGGACACAGACAAGAAGGAAGUUAUGCACGCUCAAGGAGUCGCAGCUAUGACAAUCGCUCAACGGAACGCCGACCAUUUGACCGGAGAUACUGCGAGGGAUACAGACGCUUGGAUCAGAGCCGAGAUCGAGACCGCGACAGAGAGAGGGAGCCACAUGGAGCAGCCGAAAGUUACUAUCCACGGGACUUCUCUCCAAACAUGUACGACUACCGACGCGGCCGCGAGAGGGAGCGUGAGCGGGACGAGUCGUAUCGGCGGAAAGGCAGCAGGCGUAAGCACAAACGAAGGCGGCGUAGAACCAGGUCCUAUAGCCCAUCCUCCUCGCGGAGCGACAGCCGGACGCGGGCACUGAGUGUGAGGGACGACGAGGAAGGGCACCUGAUCUGUCGGAGUGGGGACGUCCUGCAAGAGAGAUAUGAGAUUGUCAGCACUUUGGGAGAAGGCACCUUUGGGAGGGUGAUGCAGUGCAUUGACCAUCGCAGGGGAGGAGCCCAUGUUGCUCUGAAAAUUAUCAAGAAUGUGGAGAAAUACAAGGAAGCAGCUCGCCUGGAGAUUAAUGUACUGGAGAAGAUCAAUGAAAAGGAUCCUGACAACAAAUUCUUGUGUGUACAGAUGUAUGACUGGUUUGACUACCACGGUCACAUGUGUAUCUCAUUUGAGCUUCUAGCUCUGAGCACUUUCGACUUUCUAAAGGAAAACAACUACCUGCCGUAUUCAAUUGGUCAAGUCAGACACAUGGCCUACCAAAUCUGUCUUGCUGUGAAGUUUCUCCAUGACAAUAAGCUGACACAUACGGACCUGAAGCCUGAGAACAUCCUGUUUGUUAACUCAGACUUUACAAUGUCCUACAAUGUAGAGAAGAAACGAGAGGAGCGGACUGUAAAGAGUACAGCAGUACGUGUGGUAGAUUUUGGCAGUGCUACAUUUGACCACGAGCACCACAGCACCAUAGUGUCCACGCGGCAUUAUCGAGCUCCUGAGGUCAUACUAGAACUUGGCUGGAGUCAUCCCUGUGAUGUGUGGAGUAUUGGCUGUAUCCUGUUUGAGUACUACUUGGGCUUCACCUUGUUUCAGACUCAUGACAACAGGGAGCAUUUGGCUAUGAUGGAGAGAAUCCUGGGACCAGUGCCCUCGAGGAUGAUUCGUAAGACCAGGAAGCAGAAAUAUUUCUAUCGUGGCCGUCUGGAUUGGGAUGAGAGCUCCUCGGCAGGGAAAUAUGUCAGAGAAAACUGCAAGCCCUUGCGGCGGUAUCUGCUGUCAGAGGCAGAGGAGCACCACCAGUUGUUUGACCUCAUUGAAAGCAUGUUGGAGUAUGAGCCUUCCAAGAGGCUGGUGCUGGCCGACUCCCUCAAACACCCUUUCUUCGAGAACGGGGGCAGUGAGGCAACAGGCAGCAAGACCUGGGAGGGUAACCGGGACAUCAGCCGGUGACCCACGAGACUCCAAAGACAGUGACAGAGGAGAUCAAGUCCUUUCUAUGUGGAGCAGCUGAGCUGUUGAAUAAAUCCGAGGCCUCAGAGGUUUUCCGUUUGUCAUUAAAGCAUGGACCCCUAAACUUCUUGCUCCUCUACCUUGCCCCUCUGACGUCCACCACUGCAGCCACAAGAGACCAAAAUAUAAACCACUGAAGACUGGAAAAGAGGCAGAUGAAUCUUUUCUAGUGGUCACUGCCUCGGUAGAGGCAAAGAAAUCUUAAAUGGAAGAUUGUUUAUAUCCAAAGUAGCCCUCUAUGCAGCUCCUGUCUUCCUUUUGACUUCUGAACCAACUUCCCUCCUUCCGUCCGUCCAUCUGUAGUUUUCAUCAGCAUGUAAAGAAAGAAAUAGUUCACUUCUCUAAGGUAAUAAGCACUACUACAGCCAGUCAUAAAAGAACCACUCAGUUUUGGGGAAGGACUGUCUUCCGAUUCUGAAAUCCAAGGAAAGGGUAAAAAGGAGAUAGAGCUGUAUAUGCAGCGCAAGUCCUCACCCACAUAGUUUGAAACAUGAAGACAUGCAAGGUAUUCUAUUAUUCUAACAUCAGGUCAUUGGAAUUGAAUAUCAUAUUUCUUUGGAAAUUGCAAGUAUCUCCAGCAGAGACCACUGUCUCAAGGUUUUGUUUACGUUGUCAUGUGAGCACUUGCAUAAGAUUUUUCAUGUUUCUUAUUUUAUGUAUAAAAAGAAUUUCCCAUAUAUGGAGAUCUCCGGUCGGUGGGCCUGUUGUUAUUCGCCAGUGAGAUGAUAAUGGUGACGACACUCCAGUCACACAGGCCUCUCUGGCCUGUCUUAUUGAUAAAUAUAUACGUUAAUGUUUUGCAAUGCUUUCUGGGUGUGAGUGUCUGUGUGUGUGCAUGUUGGGGUGUGGAUGGAGUGGGUGACACGUUCAUGUCUUGUUCAUUGGUUUAGUUAAGCAUUAGUCAUGGGAACAUUCUCGUACAUUUUAACACAAGAAACUGCCUUUUCCAUGUUUGACGUGGUCAGACCUGAAGUCUCCAUUGAGGUUAAGCACACAGCUCCUGUUGAAGGUAUUUAUUAUGAGUUCUAAUAGGUCAUAGUCCCCACCGCCCACCUGUACAUGACUUGUUUUUUUUGUAUGAAAUUAAAGCGUAUAAAACUGUA